AUGGUACUAUCGAUUGAAGACCAGCAAAUCACUUUGUAUAUGGAUAAUGGCUCUGGCGUAAAUGGGGUGCAUAUAACUUCUGUUUACGCUAAAUGUAGUGAAAUAGAGAGGGUGGACCUAUGGGAUAGCCUUGCUAACAUGAACUCUCAAGUGCAAGAUGCUUGGUGCAUAGGGGGAGAUUUUAAUGUUAUCCUGGAGGCUUCCGAAAAACUAGGAGGAAAACCGUAUCAUACUAGUGAGAGCUUGGAUUUUUGCCAAUUGUAUGGUGAGAUGUGGGGUGGAAGAUGCAGGUUACGUGGGCUCUACUCACACCUGAUGCAACAACAGGAGGCCGAGAAAGAGGAUAUGGAAAAGGAAUGGAGAAUCCAUGUUAAGGGUCACCCUAUGUGGAUCAUGCAACAAAAGCUUAAGAACUUGAGUAAAAAGCUUAGUGUUUGGUCUAAAGACGCGAUAGGAGAUAUCUUCCAGAAAGUUGAGGAAUGGGAGGAGAUAGUACAAAGACUUGAAGAUAUUGAUGUUAUGGAUAACACUGAAGAGUCCACAGUUUAUUUAAAUAAGGGCCAAGCGGAAUAUGUUUCUUGGAUGUCAAUGCAAGAGGCUUUGCUAAAACAGAAAGCUCAAAUUAGAUGGUUUGAGGAAGAAGAUAACAAUACUAGGUACUUUCAUAAUGUUAUCAAAGACACGAGAAGAAGGCUUCAGAUCCAUAGAAUACAAAACCACAAUGGCAAUUGGAUUUUAUAUAGUGAUAAGAUUGGUAAAGCUGCUGUCAAACACUUCUCUAAACUUUUUCAUCUCCCUGAACCUACGGUGGAUGAUAAUGUUGUGUCUUGCAUCCCUGAAUGUAUCAUCGACGAGGAUAAUCUUAUGUUGUCCACUAUGCCUAAUGAAGGCGAGAUUAAAACGGCCAUUUUUUAUAUGAGUCCUACUAGUUCUGCUGGACCAGAUGGUUUUAAUGGCAUGUUUUACUAG